UAAAGUUGGUGAAGGGGCCGGUGCCGUGGCUCACUAGGCUAAUCCUCUGCCUGUGGUGCCGGUACCCCGGGUUGGGGCGCCGGAUUCUUUCUUGGUUACUCCUCUUCCAGUCCAGCUCUCUGCUGUGGCCCAGGAGUGCAGUGGAGGAUAGCCCAAGUGCUUGGGCCCUGCACCAGCAUGGGAGACCAGGAGGAAGCACCUGGCUCUUGGCUUCGGAUCAGUGCAAUGCUUAACCACCACUUGGGGAGUGAACCAACGGAAAAAGGAAGACCUUUCUCUCUGUCUCUCUCUCACUGUCUAACUCUGCCUGUCAAAAAAAAAAUGCCCAUAAAAUUGGUGAAGGAAGGCUUUUGUGACGGAGAUUUACUUAUUUAAAAACUUUCUGACAUAAUUCUACUAUAGGGAGGGGGGAAGAGAGAGAGAAAGAAAGGGGAAGAGAAAAAAAGGGAGAGAGAGAGAGAAUGAAUCCCUUCCAUUUUUCUGGUUUACUCUCCAAAUGGACACAACAGCCAAGCAUGGCCAGGCUGAAGCAAGGAGCCAGGAGCUUUCUCCAGGUCUCCUACGUGGGUGCAGGGGUCCAAAGAGUUGGGCAAUCCUCCUUUGCCUUCCCAGCACACUAGCAGGGAGUUGGAUAGGAAGUAGAGCAGCUAGUACUCAAACUGGCACUCACAUGGGAUGCUGGUGUUGCAGGUGGCUUAAUCCGCUAUGCCCCACACUUUUAACUUGACAGUGCCUUCUGAUAUAAGAUUUCUGUAGUCUGUGGUCCUAUGGUUUGAGCCUUGUGGGGCUGCAAAGCAUGUAGAAAAUCGAAAUUGCUAAAUUUAAAGAUACAUUUCUUUCUUCUGUUCCCUUGUCCUUUUUAUUCCCUGGGUGAAAAUCAGAGGGACUCUGAGGUAUUGUUCCCAGGAAAAAUCUAAUCAAGGAAGGACAAGCUGUUCCCCUGACUCAGUAGUAUCAUUGGUCACCAGUACCAAGGUUCCUAAUUAGAAUCUGAUUUACUUGAGAAAAACAACAUCAGCCUCUUUGUUUUGGAAGCAGUUACAAUCUCUGUCAGAAUGUGAGAUGCUUCUUGGAUUCUAGAAAAACACAUGUGAUUCAAGUGCUAUCAUGUAAAAUGUAUGUAAAGGCAAUGUUUGACAGUUUAGCAGACUGGACAUUCAUCCAGCAUCUCCUGGGAGAGUUAAUGUCUCCAGUCAUUUUCUCAGUAAUUAUUUCUCCUUUUAAUAUAAUCUGCAGUUUAAUUCUUAUUUGACAUGUUUUUGUAUAUGUAUUCUGGACAAGGAAUGGAGAAAGAAGUGUAUGAAGAUGAGGCGGUUAUGGAUUUUGCUAAUGAUACUAAGGGAGAUUUUUUUGAGAGAAGUAAAGACUAAACACCCUAGAAAGCAGGGUGGAAUUUUGACUAGAAGAUGAUAUUCUGGGAGGAUGGAUCCGCACAAUAUUUUCAUCCUUUCUGUUCUUUGCUGUAACCUUAUUCUGCAUUCUCAUCUAGUUUUUCAUGGCAGAUAAAUUCUGAAGCUUUCAAUUCCUGUUUUAUAAACAGUUUCAACUUCUGUCAUUUUGCUUUCAGCAUUUGUCCAGUGAAUUCUUAUCUUUCUUUUUAGAAAUGUUAGUUUGUAUGUGAUUGAAGCUGUUUAUCUUCUGGCAAAAUUUUGGGGGGUUGAUCCACCAUAUGAUAAGAAUUGAUUAGAUUCUAUCAUCUAAUAACUCAGGUAAGAGAGUUUUGGUUUUCAUUGCAUUUACUUGGCAGCAAUAUUAAUGAAAUUUUCCUCAUUGAUCAUGAGUCAUUCCUAGGGCUCAGAGAAGAUUAGACAUUUUUCUUUAUCUAAGCAACAUUGAAGGAUGAAAUACUAUAAACUGGAUUUUGAUGUGUGAAUUUUACCAGAGGGAGCUAAAUCAAGUACAGGCAAUAUUUUGGAAUUUGAGUUGCUGAUUUCCUCCUUGGUGUGCAAGGAGGGCAAUGUGAGAAUUGGAGUGUUGUAGUAGCCUGGAAUAGCCUGGAAUAGUCGGGAAGCAGCAUGGUUAGGAAUAUCUGUGACUAAAAUAUAAAUUUGAUGAGUCUGUUUUAGAUAAAAUCAGGCAACUGUACUGAUUUUUCUUAUAACCCCUUAUAUUGAACUUUCUCAAUAUGUAAGCAGUUUAAUUGGAAAGGAUCCAGAAAGGAUAAUUCUAUGGGCUAAGAACUUGGAGAAGACUGUAUCUGUGAAAAAAUGAUACAGAAGAGGACUUCAGAGAGUCAGAGGGUGGUAGGAAGGUAGAAGAUACCUGAGUAAGAGUGGAUGGCAGUAAGUCAAGAGACAGUAGAGGAACUAAAGAUGAGGUGAAGCCACCAAGGGACCAUUUUACUUCCCGUGAAAUUCAGAUACUCUGAGAGAUAGAGAAACUUCCUCAUGUCCCUGAAAAUUAUCCUUGACUUUAGGUUGUCUGUGAUUUACAGAACAGUGUAAUAAAGAACACUUGGUAGCUGGAACCAACUUGUCUUUUAAUAUUUUCCCUGAAGAGAAAUGCAUGUGCCCAAUAGAAAAUUUAUAAGUAAAACUUGAAUGAAAAGAAGAUAAUCACCCAUAGUCCCUUCAUAAAAUUUUGAUAUCUUUUAAGGCCUUUUUUCACUCACUUGCAUUGAAAAGUAAUUGCAAGACUUGGGUUUGUUUUGAUAUUUCACUAUGCAAAAUCAGGUGAAUCAUUUAACUUCUCUGAGUCCUCUAAUCUGCAAAAUAUGAAUCAUAUUAUCUUUCUUACAUUCUUCUUCAGCUAUUUUUCAGGAAAGAUACAAAAAUUUUUAGAGACUGUAGAUUUCUAGGGAAAUGGCAAAUUAAUGUUAUAAUUUUUGAUAUUUCUAUACUGGAGAAAAUGAUGAAUAAAAAAUAACAAAUAAACAGCAGCAUUUAUAGUAGGAAAGAACAUAAAGAAGUUGUCUUAAUUGCAAUUAUGUCAGAGAAUGGGAACAUUAUCAAUUUAUUUUUUAAUAUGUAUUUUUAUUAUUUAUUUAAGAGAGGUACACACAGAGAUAGGAGAGGCAGAGAAAGAGGGAGGUUUUCCAUCUGCUGGUUCACUCUCCAGUUGGCUACAAUGGCAGGAAAUGGGCAGAUCCGAAGCCAGGAGCCAAAAGCUUCUUCCAGGUCUCCCACGUGGAUGCAGGGGCUCAAGGACUUCAGCCAUCUUUUACUACUUUCCCAGGCCAUAUUGGAGAGCUGGAUUGGAAGUGAAGCAGCCAGGUCUAGAACUGGUGCCCAUAUGGGAUGCUGGCACUGCAGGUGGCAGCUUUGCCUGCUACACUACAGCACUGGUCCCACAUUAUCAAUUUAGAUGAUUUUAUAACUCAUAGUGCUAAUAGUCAGACCCUUAGAUUUCCAAUAUAUGAUAUGUUGAUUUUUAGAGGAUAUAAUACAACUGUGUUAUAAUAUUAAUGUUUUGAAGGCCAAUAUGAGAUCAGAACUAAGAGAAAUAUGACUUAGGAAAUAAUUAGAUUAUAUUUAUAGUUAGACAUGCCCUUAUAAAGUUUCAUAAUGCAGAUUUAUUAGCACAUUAAAAAACUCAUGUGUAGCUAGUGAACUUGGUCAGAGAAGAACCACUAACAUAUUAAAAUGAUUUGAGACAGGAGGUAUCAUUAAUAAUAAAAUUUUAAUUAUUUUAUAUAUCAUAAACUAAGGAGAAGUGAAUUGUUACUUAAAAAAAUUAUGUGGCUGAGGUUGUGUUUGGUUUAGUGGUUGAGAUGCUGGUUAAAAUGUCCACAUCCACAUUACAGUGCUCCUGCUCCUGAGUGCAGCUUUCUGCUAAUGCAGACCCUUAGAGGCAGAGGUCAUGUCCAGAUAAUCUGGUUCCUGCCACAUACAAGGAAGACCAAGAUUAAUUUUUUUUUUGCUCUUGCCUCUGGCCUCAGUCCUGGUCCAGCUGUGGAUUUUGGGGUCAUUUGGGGAUUGAGCCAGCAGAUAGGAGCCGUCGUCUGUGUGGAUUUUUCAUUUUCUCUGUUUCUCUGCCUCUCAGGAAAAAUCAUGCAGCUGGGCUAUUGAUCAGUAGAUUCAGGUGAUCGCUCCUUUGAAAUGCCUUCACAAGUACAGAGAUCAGUAUCUAGUAGAUAAUGAUUUCACCUCUCCAGAGGAUUUAGCAGAAGUUAAUAGUGUUAAAUAACCAUCCUAAGUUAAUUGUAUCUGAGGGUUUGGAGAGGGGUGAAGGAAACCAUUUAAACCAUUUAUGAAUCACUCAAGAGAAUGCCAAAGCAGGUUUUAUUUGCAUAUUUAAAGUUAAGCUGUGCACUAUACAAUAGUCCUUUCAGAAGGAUAAUAAGAAACUAAAUAAUUUAAACAGGGAAGUGAGAAUAUUCUUAAGGUUUUAUCUUAGUUGGCAUUGAUAAAAAAUAGGAAGGCAAUAGGCAUGAUCUUCCCUGUAGUCUCUAAGCUAUGGUCAUUUAUGUUUUUCCUUAAGUUAAUGACUCUAGUUAGAAUACUUUGAAGAAGUAUCUUCUUUAGGUCCAGCCUGUGGAAUAUAUAUUGCCAAUAGCCAAAGAUGACAAUGCCUUUGCACCUUCUGUUUGGAAUGUUUCUCAAAGUAGGAAAUAAUGAGCAGUGAGAAGAGAGGUUAUGAGGAUGAAGAUUUAGCUGCUACCAGAUUUUGGUGAUUCUCCUGAGACCAGUUUUGCCAGGGAGAGGGGACAACUGUCAAGACUGCAAAGAGUUAAGGAACAGGUCACUGAUGGAGAGUGAAGCAGAUACUAUUAUGGGGGAUGAAAUAUAUCUUAAAUGUAGGAAUAUAUAAAGAUUGAAUACUGGAAAUACUAUAUGGAGCCGAUUUAUAGCAGUACAUUUUCUAGAUUAAAAAUUUAUAAUUCUAGAAGCAAUAAGAUCCAUUUAACAUUUUUUGAAUGGUACUAGUUUGUGUGUGUAUGUGUAUGAGUGUGUGUGUGUGUGUGUGUGUGUGUAAAUGAUCUUUGCUACAGGCUGUGAGAAGAAGCAGAUGCUAAUCUCAACAAAAUAGAAUAGUAGCAUGUAAUGAGAUUUAAGACCUUCUGGAUCUGAACAAUUCAGAAGAUGAAUUUAAAAAGAGAAUGAUAAUUCUUGAAACUCAAAUUUGAGUCUAGAAGAUGUGAAGUAAAAGAUAUUUGAAAGCAGGUAUAAUAAAUAAAUAAUAAAGCAAAUGAGAUAUAAUUCAUGAAAGAAAAGCAAAUAGGAUAGAUUCAAUAGGCAUAAUGUGUAAAACCAAUAGUACUUUUAGGAGGAUAAUUAGGAACUAAAUUAAUUUAAAAAGGAAGGCGGGAGUAUUCUUAAGGUUUUAUCUUAGUUGGCAUUGAUAGAAAAUAAGAAGGAAAUAAAACAUUUUGAUAGGGGAAAUAGCUAUUAUCUUACUGUAAAAUAGGAGUGAAGAAAUAUGUCAAUGGAGAGGGGAUGGUAACCAUGGAAAUAAUAGAAAAGCAUAGUAGGACUUCCAUGUUAAUAAGGGAGUAAUGAAGUGAAUACCAUCUUAAUCAAAGCAGCAAUUUAAAAAAAAUGUAAUUAAGGUAUACAAAUUUCAUAGCGAUACUUAUCACCCUACCUUUUCCCUCACUCACGCUUCAACCCUUUUGGUUUCCUUUCUCUCUUAUUAGUCUCUUAGUUUUUAUAAUUAUCUACUUUAAGUUUACUUUAUACUCAUAAGAUUAAUCUUACACUAAAAAUGAGUUCAAAAUAGUAUAAAGAAAACAACACUCUUCCUCAAAGGUAGAGACAAGGGCUGUAAAUGAUCAUUGAAUCUCAAAAUGUCAAUUUCACUCCAAUACAUUACAUUUUAGGUACUUUGUUAGUUACCGCAAAUUAGGGAAAACAUACAAUAUUUGUCUUUUUGGGACACGUUUAUUUCACUAAGUAUAGUGGUUUCCAGUUUCAUCCAUUUUGUUGAAAAAGACAGGAUUUCAUUUUUUAAAUCACUAAGUAGUAUUUCAUAGUGUAAUAUACCAUAAUUUCUUUAUCCAGUUACCAGUUGAUGGAUAUCUGGGUAGAUUCCAUAGCUUAGCUAUUGUGAAUUGAGCUGCGGUGAACUUGGGACUACAGAUAAUUCUUUCAUCUGUCGAUUUCAUUUUGAAUUGGUAAAUUCUCAGGAAUAGGAUUUCCAAAGGAGCAAAAAUUAAAAAAGAAAAUGUUACUUUUUUUUGCUAAUGACAGUUUGGUAAACCUAGAAACUCAGAACAUUUCAGUAAAAAGCUACAGAAAAUGUGGCUACAUAUAGCAUACAAAAAUAGAUAACUUCUUCAUUUUAUUACAUUUGUCUUCUGUGGCAUUUUUGCAUGUAGAAAUUAGGAAAUAUCAGUCUUUCCUACCUUCUGAUAUACCUCUUCUUAAAAUCUUACAAGCCUUUGUUUACAUCUUCCUUCUUCAUUGUGCACUAGAGCCAACUAAAUUUGAGACUACAGAAUUAAAUACCAAAGGUCUAGACAUGGAAAAAAUUCUGGGGAUGAUUCUUUGAGUUUUGUACCAUGUAAACCCUGUGUGACAUGGCAUGUAAUCUUUAGCUUUUGACAUUGAAUCAUCAUUCUACAGCUAGGAUGACUCUUGAAAUUAAAACUGUUUUUUCUCUCUGUGUUCAGGGUGAGCUUACAUAUGAAGUUGAUGGAUGGAGGAAAUCACUCAGUGGUGUCUGAGUUCUUGUUGCUGGGACUCACCAGUUCUUGGGAGAUUCAGAUUCUCCUCUUCCUGUUUUUCACAACAUUUUAUAUAGCAAGUAUGCUGGGGAACCUUCUCAUUGUGCUCACAAUCAUCUCAGACCAUCACUUACAUUCCCCAAUGUAUUUCCUGCUGGCGAAUCUCUCAUUCAUUGAUACAGGUGUUUGCAGCAUUGCAACCCCAAAGAUGAUCUACGACCUUUUCAGAAAACACAAAGCCAUCUCCUUGAAAGGGUGCAUCACUCAGAUGUUCUUCAUUCACACUGUUGGGGGGACAGAGAUGGUGCUGUUGAUAGUCAUGGCCUAUGACCGAUACGUGGCUAUCUGUAAGCCCCUCCACUACCUGACCAUCAUGAGCCUCAGAAUGUGCACUUCUCUCUUGGCUGUUGCUUGGACCAUUGGGCUCAUCCACUCUGUGGCCCAACUGGCUUUUGUGGUGAACCUCCCCUUCUGUGGCAGCAACCAGAUGGAUAGCUUUUAUUGUGAUUUUCCUCGGUUCAUCAAACUUGCGUGCACAGACACAUACAGGCUGGAGUUUCUGGUCACUGCCAACAGUGGUUUCAUCUCCUUGGGCACCUUCUUCAUCUUGAUUGCGUCUUACAUCUUCAUCCUGGUCACGGUUAGUAAGCACUCUUCAGGUAGUUGCUCCAAGGCCCUCUCCACACUCUCAGCUCACGUUACUGUUGUGGUUUUUUUCUUUGGACCUUGCAUUAUUGUGUAUGUGUGGCCAUUCCCUACCUUACCCAUAGACAAAUUUUUAGCUAUUUUUGAUGCCCUUAUCACUCCUUUUAUGAAUCCUGUCAUUUAUACAUUUAGAAAUAAAGAAAUGAAGGAGGCCAUGCAGAGACUGUUUGUUAAAGCUUUAAGAUUCAGAAAGAGUUCUUUCAUGCACAGAGCAGGAAAUUCAGAUUAAUUUUGACUCUUCGUGGAAAUUAACCCAUUUAAGCACUCCAUAUGUAUUUUCAGUUAAAUGAAUGUUUUCAAUAUCCACUGUGAAAUCUCUCCAUAUGGGCUCUCUUCUGAUCUGGCAAGUUUAUCAUGAGGAGUGCUUGCUCUAAUGGCCCUGAAAGCAUGGAGAUGAGUCAACUCUCAUUAGGAAUGUUCUGUUUGUGUGUGUUAUUGAAAUCUUUGGUGGUAGUGCUUGCUGAUACUUCACAUACUCAGCAUGGGUUACGUUGACAGUAAAUGUUGGAGAUUUUCUUUCCGGCAUUGAUUCUCAAAGAAAUAUCUGUUUGAAUUUUCAUAUGUACCUAUAUUCUUGUCCUCUGUGUUUCUCAGUGUCUAGAUAUUUAAGGAGUAAAUAAAAUGAAGAUAAUUGCCUAAUAAGUUUGAUAAUGUGAGGCUUUUAACAUCUGAAUUUGCUCACUGAGAUUUAGUUAGUGGUAAGUUUUAGAUGUAGUUAGGAUUGGAAGAUGAAAUUUGGGGUAAAUCAAGACAUUCAUCUCAGAAACAUUUAGGUAAGGAUUCCUAUACAACUCAACAUAUAUGACUUUUACUUUUACCCCAAUUAUUUGCUAAUUAGUAGUCAUUAUUGUUGUACAUCAAAGAAAACUAUGUGAAUAUUAAAUAAUUUUGAAUAGAUUUAAUAUUUUGGAGCUAAACAGUCCUAAAGGGACAAAUAUCACAUGUUCUCCCUGCUCUGUGACAACUAACUGAGCGCCUAAAAGGAAACCUGUAGAAGUGAAAUGGACACUGUGAGAAAUAAUGACUUGAUCAGUCCUUGUCCUGUCAAGAAACAACUUAAUAUUUUAUUCCCUUUAGUAUAUUUUUGUUCUACCUAAUACCAUUGAACUAUUUAAUUAACACACAAUUAUUCUUAGGCCUUUAAAUUUAACUGAAAAGUGAUCCCUGUUAAAUAUAAGAGUGGGAAUAAGAGAGAGAGGAGAUGUACAGUUCGGCACAUGCUCAAUCAGACUUACCCCUAAUGGUAGAGCUAGAAAUGUGUCAGGGAAUUCCAAAUCAAUCCCAUCAAGGUGACAUGUACCAAUGCCAUCUUACUAGUCAAAGUAAUCAGUUUAAGUUCGUAACUGAUCAUAAUGAUAGGAUUAGGUGUCAAAGGGAUCACAUAAACAAGCCUAGUGUCUGCUAAUACUAACUGAUAGAAUUAAAAACGAGAGUGUGGGGAGCAACCGAGACUAGACUAAAUUACUGGAACUGCUAAGACUAAUUCUAUGCAUCUGAUCUCCCACCAUAUGGCGCUGAGAGAGAGUAAACAACUUCCACACAGCUGCCUCACCAAUUCGACUAACAAGCUGCAGGAGCUGAUCCUGCUCCUGAUUGGAGGAGAGCAGCGUACUCAGUGCGUGGGGAGAGAACGCCAGCAGAGUUGGGAUUGGUGGAAGAGGACUAUAAAGGAGGAGAGAGACAACAUGCACCAGGAACAUCUGAGGAACAUCUGAGCAACCCCUGAGAGAGCCGGCCAGUGGUGUGCCGCCCCUCCCCAGAGGCAGGGGGGAGCGACAGCAAACCCAGGAAGGACCGGGGAAAGAGAACAGCGCAGGGUCCGGUGUUGUUCCUCCGCGAGUGAGGGAGCAACAGAGAGAACGAUCCAACAUGGGAAACAGGAUACACAGCAGACUCAUAGAAUGGCAGAUGUCCUAAACAGCACUCUGGCCUCAGAAUCAGCCCUUAAGGCAUUCGGAUCUGGCUGAAGAGCCCAUGAAAGUAUUUUAGACUUGGAAAGCCAAGACACUGUGGCAAAAAAAAAUGACCUAAAUGAAAGAUCUCUGCAAGUGAGAUCCCAGUGGAAAGAAUGGGCCAUCAAAGAAGGAGGUAGCUUUCUCUGAAGGGAGGAGAGAACUUCCACUUUGAAUAUGGCCUUGUCUAAAUAAGAUUGGAGUUGGCGAACUCAAGAGGCUUCCAUAGCCUUGGCAACUCACGACAAGAGCCUCGGGUGAUUACUGACAUCAUAAAUAAGAGUGUCAAUUGUUAAAUCAACAACAGGAGUCACUGUGCACUUAGUCCUCAUGUGGGAUCUCUGUCCUUAAUGUGUUGUACUAUGCGAAUUAAUGGUAAAACUACUACCCAAACAGUAAU